AUGGUGGCAUAUGAGGUUUUGCAUACCAUGAAAGCAAGCAAAAAAGGCAGAUUGGGUAAUAUGGCUAUCAAGCUUGAUAUGUCUAAAGCAUACGACAGAAUUGAAUGGAGUUUUUUAGAAGGAAUGAUGGAAAGGAUGGGUUUCUACAGGAAAUGGAUUGAUCUUGUUAUGAAGUGUGUCUCCGUUGUUAGUUAUGUUGCUCUUAUCAAUGGUAAACCAGGUUCUAAGAUCCAACCAUCAAGAGGACUAAGGCAGGGUGACCCUUUGUCACCCUACCUAUUUAUUUUGUGUGCUGAGGGUCUCAGUUCUUUAUUAAACCAGUCUGAUAUAAAGGGAAUUACUAAAGGGAUAACUGUGUCAAGGGUUAGAAUACGUGUAAAUCAUCUGCUUUUUGCAGAUGACUGCAUACUUUUUGGAAGUGCAAAAACAGAAUAG